AUGACAAUGGAUCAGCCUGUCGUUAGAUUCUCGACUUGCUCAAUACUUGAUUGUGGAGCUCCUGGUGUGCGAGGCAUGAGUUGUUCGACUUGCCAGCAGCAUCUUUGCGUUCGGCAUUCACGGGCGACUUUCCACAAGUGUUCGGCAAUCGCGGAGCUUAGUGAUCAAGAGUGGGUGAGCAGGGUCGAGAACGAAAUGUCGCAGACUGUCAACCGAAUCAACGUCCCAGAGUUAGAGAAGCGAGCUUCUGCGCUCAAGGGAAACAUCGCGUGUUCCUUCAAGCAGAGCAGUCUCCAAGACAGGAUGAUGGGAAAUGCCAUUUACCACGCCUGGUUGACCUUCGACGACGGAGAUCGAUGGCUUCUGCGUACACCAAUCACAAAGCUCUGCGACAUUCCAGAUAACAUGACCGAGUACUUCAUUGCAAGCGAGUACGCAACCCUCAAGUUCUUGGAGCCCACCAAUGUGCCAGCCCCUAAAGUCUUUGGUUAUGGGCUUGCCUCCGAUAAGGACAACGUCAUCGGCGUGAGCUACCUACUCAUGUGUAUUCUUGCACAGAUUGCGGAGAUCUUUGUCGAGAUUUCAAAACAUCCCGUCUCAUUGGCAGGAUCGCUGACAACCAACGAUGGGCACAGCCAUGUCGCAAUGAUGGCUAGCAACCGUUUCAUUCAUCUCGACCUGUUAGGACCCUUCUCCUGUGCCUCCGACUACUUCACUGCUGUGUCUGAGCGAUAUCUCGAUCUCAUCGCCGAUGGACAGGUGCACGCUGAAUACCCUGUAGAAGCAUUUGCAUUCUACUCGUUGGCUCGCGCCAAAAUUCAUACUUUUACCCAUCCGAACACCGUGCAGAACUUCUUCCUAAAGCACGUCGACGACAAAGGUGACCAUUUGCUGGUCGAUGAGGACGGCAAGAUCUCACGAAUCAGAGACUGGCAGUUCGCGCGUUUCGUCCCUGCCAUCGAAGCAUUCGGUCCUUCCUACCUGACUGCCAACAUGGACCGGCUCCACUCGCGCGAUGCCGGUGUUACCGAUCUCGAUAAGAAGCUUGCAAAAGAACUACGCCAGCAAGGCGCGAAUGAUCUAGCUGGAUACAUGGACAGCAACGAAAUUGCAAGGCGUUUUCACAAUGGUCUGAGUGAUGGUAUCUCGAGAAUUGAGGCCCGGGAAAUGUUGGACGCUUGGCGAAAGACUUUUGGGAGUAUCUUACCGUCAGAUCUGGAUGCUUGGAUAUCUCAGACCUGCGACAAAGACGCUCGAUGGGAAAAGGUAUCGCAACUCGGAGACGAUGUUGAUAGUGUGAAGUCAUAUGAUCGUGGAGGCUUGAGAUUGCUCGCUUAA